AUGAGGCUUCUGGAAGUUACGGAUACUCUAUUUAGGUCACUGUUAAUAUUAUUUAUCGAUGCAGUGUUGGCGAAAAGAAUUUCCUGGAUAUUUACUCUCAAAAAUCAUUUUACGUCAUGGCUCCAGUAUGGCGACACUCUUUACUCUAACGGUAUUUCGGAUGAGUUGACUAACUUUUUUCUCGCCAUCGUCUUCCUGUUAUGCUCCGUGGCGGUUGUGAUGCCUCCUAAACAGCUUCGAAUUCUGGGACUCCUUUGUCUACCGUUUGUCUUGUCAGUGGCCGCGACAUUCGUAUUCGUCCGACGUCUGAACGAAAUGGUCUACAGUUAUCAUCCAUGGAAUCUGCGCCUCCUUUGCCUCAAGUGUUUCCCCAUUCCUAUGCUCUGCUUGUUGAUCGUCUUCAUCUGCUUCAGGUUGUUGCCAGGUGCCAUCGCCCCGCCCGUUCCUGUCCACCCAGACGGCCGAUAUCGCCGUCUUCACUAUGCUCUCCGUGGAUUUCUCGGUUCCGUGAUCAUUUUCCUCCCCGUCAUGCUUUAUAUCGACACUUGCGUAAAAGCAGACCGCAUUUACAAUAGGCUUUUAGCUCAAAAAAGUCCCCUUCAGAGUACACCGAUGGUCUGCAGUUACUUCCACGUUAUGAAGAGCCGGAGUGGUAAUUACUUGACACAGGCCGUGUUACAGCAUCACUCCGAGUGUCUCUACGUCUUCUCGCUCUCUAAUCACCUCAGUCGCGACCACUUUCGCUACAUACCAGAGUUAUUUUUGGUGGCGCUGCUGUUCCUAAUAGCCUUGGCCUUUAUCUGCGAGCACCUUCACUGUCAACUUAUGGCGUCGUUUGAGGAGCAAGUCAGGCGGUUUUUGAACGAGACUUUCGAUUACGUGGCUGACCACUGGAGUAGGCUUGAAGUGCCAAGUGUGUUUCUCUGCUUCUGGCUCAUUAAGCUAACCCUAGUCAUCAUCCUUGGCCAGGCCUCGUGGCCAAUCGACGCAACCGCAGUUGAAAUCCUCUCACGAGCUACAGACGAGAAAGGCAUGCCCAUCAAACACACGCUAAACUUUACGUUCCUGAGCGCUUACGCCAAUGAGAGCAAUCUCGCUGUCACCAACGUGCCCUACAAGAUGUUUUCGCGCUUCCUGACGGGCGCCUUAGCUAUAGGCGCCGAGACGUGGACUUCGGUGUACGGGGCUGCGGUUUUCGUUGGAUUCCUCUCGGGCAUUGUUGUUAACGUGCUGGCAUUCUUUGUGGACCCCCUCGGAGUCAAUAUCGCCCAGCUCAUAGAGACGGCAGAAGCCGAGCCGGUAGCCGCCAAUCCCUGGAUCCCAAUCGACGAGCAACUCACCACCAACGAGCACAUUGAGGUGACGGCCAUCGAGUUGCUCAACAACACCGGCUGGAGUUGUGUCGUGCUCUUCGUCUUCCUUGCCAUCCAAUACGACCUACCGAAUCUCACUUCGCAUCAGAGGAUUUUCUGUUUCACGCAUUUACUCAUUAUCAUGGGGUUCACGUGUGUGUACCCUGUUGAGUCGCUUGUCAAAGCCAUCCUGCUGCGCCUCGGUUUGCCUGGCAGCGAGUCGUCCUGGUUGGAUCACUUGAUUCCACUGCUUUUCUGUGGCCUGAUGCUGGGCCUGUCGGGGUGUGUGUUCAUCUACUUCCCCAUCUGGCUGUCCUACCUGCCUCACACUGGCCGUGGGUACCAGUUGCUUGGCGCAAAGACCGCCGCUGGAGGUAUAUCCGCCUACACCGGCUACGCUCAACGUCUGCGGACGUACCUCUGCGGUGGACAACUCCUCCUGGACGUCUCGUGCACCAUUUUUGAGUACGUGAUCCACCAGGCUCAUCGAAAGUGGCCCCUGUGGACGGGCUUCACCACGCUGCUCGCGGCGUCCCGACUCUUCAACAUCUUCGUCAACUACCUCAUUUCCCUACUCUCCGUCUUCGUCAUCCUCUGGCUGAUAUUCUACGAGUCGUUCGGUGUGUGCCGAGUCUUUAUUCUCGUCGUGCACGUCUUCUUUGUGCUCUACCCGGCGACGUGCCGCGGCUUCCUGUGGCUGCGGACGCAAUUCCUGCUCGGCGGAUCGCUCGCUGCGAUUCCCUCGCCCACUGCCGACCAGCUGGUCGCGUACGCCGACGACUGUCCAAUUUGCUACGGUGCGAUGACCACGUGGGACGCGAAGCUCACGCAGUGCGGCCACAUUUACCACACCAAGUGUCUGUCCCAGUGGAUGCGACGGCGUCCCAUCUGUCCGAUGUGCAACACAGACUUGUUUGCCGCGUCAGUUGGGAGCUACCCUCGUCCGAGGUCGUUUCAACCGUAUGUGGUCGUGAGAAUAGCUCAUCGGUUGUAUUCGAAACCUCCACGACCCACGCUAUUGACUGUGGAACCCGGCUGUGACCUUGUCUACGAGUCCGCAGACGCCAAGCCAAUCAACCAAUCAGCGGCUCCUGCCUCGAAGUCAAUUCCUUCUGAGCGGGACCAUCCAAUCGGCCAAUCGGAAGCCGCUGAUAACGAGUCGGUUCUGUCUAACCCCGACAGCCCUGUCCCAAUGAAAUCGGACAAAAAUAUGAGCAUAACCUUCACAUGCAAUGUUUGCAAGACUCGAACGCAGAAAUUCUUCUCCAAAUUGGCCUACACGAAGGGCCUCGUGAUUAUACGCUGCCCCUCGUGCCAAUCACUGCAUCUCAUUGCAGACAACAUUGGCUGGAUUAAGGAACAAACGCCAUGGUAUGCAAACAGGCGUAUUGGGGACCAGACACACCUCCUCAUGUCCCAACCCACCGACACCGUUCAUCAAGAGGGCGAUUAA